UAAAGCAGCGUACUGUUCACAUACUUGCUCCAUCACUUCGGAUUUCGAUCGCUUCACCAGGCCCCAGUAGCCAACCAGUUCGUCCCGGCGAAGACGAUACGAGGCGGGCAGGCGGCGGCGGCGACGACGACUACGGGCAGCCGCAGCAGAUCCGAAGGAAUGGAGGCGAAGGCGAUCUCGAGCCCCGUGCCGGUGGAGUGGUACCCGACGCUGGCCGUCGUCAUGGUCUCCGUCGGGCUCAUGCUCACCGCCUCCUUCUUCAUUUACGAAGCAACUUCAUCCAGGCGGAGCCGUAGCCUGGCAAAGGAGAUCGCAACUGCAGCUGUUGCUUCUGUAUUUCUGGGCUUUGGGUCUCUAUUCGUGCUCCUUGCAAGUGGUGUUUACGUCUGACUACUAUGGCUAUGCAAGCCCGUCUGUUUGUGUUCUUUAGCCGUAGUCGUAGGAUAUGACAGAUUCUGAAAGUAUGUGUUGUCCUGGCGAAUAUGCAGUCAUUUGAACAUGUUUUGAACCAAUGUCUGAGCCACCGAGUUAAAGCAAUGCUUUGACCUUUUCCGGAUCUCCACUA